AUGCAACCACUGACAUCGUGGAUUUUGCCGUCAAUGCCACAUUUCAGGUGCAAUCGCGGCUGCUAUUUUGGCAACGUCUCAGCACGAGUGACAGAUGAUACCUUUAUCCCGAAACUUGCUCAGCAGGAUAGUCCCCCUAACGGAGCAGUCGAAGGACGAAAACGACCGGCACAAGAUGUUCUUGACAGAUUCAAGCGACUAGGCAACGGCAUGUGGAUACGAGCUCAUCCUGGGAAGAACAAACUGCGCUAUGCGAAAAACGAAAGGUUUCAAGAGACAAGUUUAUACUACGAAACAUGCACCAAGGAAGAGUGUGAAAUGCUUGAUAAAAUGAUGACACCCUUCUGGCUGCGACGGCAUCACUACCCAAAUGACCCUUACGCAGCUUAUCAUGUGAGACAUGGCGUUAAGUCGCCAAGAGUUGACGACAAAGGAAUAUUGCUCCGAGAGAGAAAGAAGGUCCUCCUUGACGACACGACUGCUGACAAGUACUUUUGUGACCGAUAGCAUAAAUCUCAGGGGUCUUUUAUGUUUAGAAAGUAUAAAUUUCUUUUC